AUGAUUACCCCGCGCAAGGUGCUGCUUGCCCUGUUCUGCGUGGUCACAUUUGUUCUCAUCCUCCGCUCGUUCCGAGAUCCUGAAGUUCCCGGGGCACCUGGGUAUAGACCGGUGAAGAAGAUAUCGCAGGAAGAGGAUGAGGCGAUAGCAAACUUAGCACGAAAAAUACCACCGCAAGGUCGCGCCCAAUUACCCCUCGGCGCAUCACGGACAACACCCCUUCGCGAACGUCUCCGGUAUCAAUUCCCCUAUGAAAUCGAAAACAGAUUCCCCGCAUACAUCUGGCAAACAUGGAAAUACAGCCCGGGAUCGUUCUGGUUUGACGAAGACCUUCGCGGCCCCGAGGCCAGCUGGACAGAGAUGCACCCCGGGUUCACGCAUGAAGUCAUUCCUGAUGACACACAACAACAUCUGAUCAAAUAUCUAUAUGGAUCAGUCCCGGAGGUAUUUGAGGCAUAUGAUUCGCUGCCGCUCGGUGUUAUGAAGGCGGAUUUCUUCCGAUACUUGGUCCUUCUAGCGCGCGGGGGAAUAUACAGCGAUAUUGACACUUCGGCGCUCAAGCCCGCGCACACGUGGCUCCCCGAGGAACUCGAUCGAUCAACUAUCGGCUUCAUUGUUGGCAUCGAAGCUGAUCCUGACCGUGAUGACUGGCACGACUGGUAUUCGCGCCGUCUUCAGUUCUGCCAGUGGACCUUUGUGUCUAAACCCGGGCAUCCGAUUCUUCGUGAUAUGGUGGCUUAUAUUACCGAGCAUGCUCUGCGAAUGAAAAAGGCAGGCAUCCUAAAGGUUGGUAAGAUGGAUAAGACCAUUAUGGAGUUCACAGGGCCUGGAGCCUGGACGGAUUCUAUUUUCCGCUACUUCAACAACCCGGCAUACUUCAAUAUCCAGCCUGGUGAUAAGAACAUCACCUACGAAGACUUCAGCCAUCAAACCACGCACCGCAAGGUUGGGGAUGUGGUUGUUCUCCCCAUUACCAGCUUCAGCCCUGGAGUGGGGCAAAUGGGUGCGGGGGAUACAGAUGAUCCCAUGGCUUUUGUGAAGCACAAUUUCGGAGGCACAUGGAAGACAGACCCAUCGCUAUGA